GCACAGCUGGGCCAGCCUGACCUUAACCCGGGAAGGAGUGUCCGCUGUAUCCAGCUGGCUCCGACCACGGUACUAACACCCAGUCUUGUGGAGAGGACGUAGUCUUGUGGACAGUUUGGAAGCCCACUCACCUGGCCUCGGCCGCAGAAAUCCGCCUGCAGCACUGCGCUCGCGCUGCCGCGGUUCUGGGAUAGACCAGCCACCCCCAUUCUCAGCAGGUGGUGUGGCCACAGAGCUGCAAGAUGUCCUGGAAAAAGCUGGGAGGCAGCCUUGGGUAGGGCUAACGGGGAGGGGGGCGGUGGUCCUGGGCGGAGCGAGGAGGCAUCUAUGGGCCGGGCGUCCUGGGAGGAGCGAGGACGCCUGCGGGAGGGGUGGCGGCGAGGGGCGGGACCUCCGUUUCCCCGGACUCUCCCGGUGCUCAGAAGUGACGUGGCGAGAGCGCCGCUAGUCCUGGUGGUGGCAGCUGGUGCUCUGAUCCGAAGCAGGUCCCUGCUGUCCUCGCUGCCGCGGGUCCGUACCGAGCGCCAUGGCCCAGCCGCCGCCCGAUGUCAGCGAGGACGACUGCCUCCCGGAGUACCGCCACCUCUUUUGCCCGGACCUGCUCCGGGACAAAGUCGCCUUCAUCACAGGCGGUGGCUCUGGGAUCGGAUUCCGGAUUGCUGAGAUUUUUAUGAGGCACGGCUGCCACACGGUCAUUGCCAGCAGAAGUUUUCCGAGAGUAUCAAUGGCUGCCAGAAAGCUGGCUGCAGCCACUGGCCAGCGAUGCCUCCCUUUGUCUAUGGAUGUCCGAGAUCCCCCAGCCAUCGUGGCUGCCGUGGACCAGGCACUGAAGGAGUUUGGAAAAAUCGACAUUCUCAUAAACUGUGCAGCCGGAAACUUCCUGUGCCCAGCCAGCUCAUUGUCCUUCAAUGCCUUCAAGACUGUGAUGGACAUCGAUACCUUGGGCACAUUCAAUGUGUCUCACGUGAUCUACAAGAAGUUCUUCCGGGACCAUGGAGGAGUAAUCGUGAACAUCACCGCAACCCUGGGUACCCGGGGGCAGGUGCUCCAAGUGCACGCAGGCUCUGCCAAGGCGGCCGUGGAUGCAAUGACGCGGCACUUGGCUGUGGAGUGGGGUCCACAGAACAUCCGAGUCAACAGCCUUGCCCCCGGCCCUAUCAGUGGCACGGAGGGCAUCCGGCGGCUAGGUGGUCCCCACACCAGCAAGAUCCUGGCCAGCCCCCUGCAGAGGCUGGGGAACAAGACGGAGAUCGCCCACAGUGUACUCUACCUGGCCAGCCCUUUGGCAUCCUACGUGACAGGGGCCUUGCUGGUGGUUGAUGGCGGGGCGUGGCUGACGUUCCCUAAUGACUUGAAGCUGCUGGCGGAUUUUGCAUCCUUCUCUGCUAAGCUCUAGGAGCUGGACAGCUGAAGCGAAGAAGGCAUUCUGAAGGGGAGGCUGGUUCACAACCCACUCUUGGAUUCCUGGGACCUGCCUCUCACCCAGCUGAGAACUCCAAACCAACCACCCCAGCAGAGCAGCUGAAGCAGAGACUCACCCCUCCUCUGAGGGCCAUUCUGUGUUCCCAUCCCCUUCCCAUGGCCCAUCUCCUGUGCAUGGGCAGGAGUGACCAGGCAGUGAGCCCAGCCUGAUGACCCGCCCGCACCACACAGAUAUCUGCCAACGGGUGAUUGGCAUUCCAGAGCUCCCUCAAGAGUGGAGAUGCAGACCAGUUGCUGGGGUACAUCCCUCCCUUCUGACCUAGGGUUAGGGGCUAUCCUGCUCUGCCUAGUCCCAGCCUGGGCUGGCCGCCUCCUGCCUGUUUCCUGUCCCAUCUGAGGAGGUGUGUAUGUGAAGGCAUAGCCCAGGAGUUCACAGUUCAG